AUAAUCAUAAUAAAAAUAUAGAAAAAAAAAUACAAAAGCUGCUUAGUUAGCAGACUGUACCUGACCCGAAAGGUCUUAGGGAGGGGAGAAGUCUUCCAUAGGCCCGAAUUUUCCAUUUCAAAGCAUUAUAUUAAGCCUCAGACAUUUCCGGCAAACAGUUCAGUAAAUUAACGUGCAGUUUUUUUUUUUUUAAAUAAAAAAUAAAUAAUGGAAGUCGGAAAAAACCCGCAAAUGGCUGUGAUAAUCGAUUCAAUUAUCAAGAGCAUGGGCAUCGAGGACUACGACCCAUCUGUGGUCCAGCAGCUGCUGGAAUUUGUCUACCGACACGUCACGGGAGUGAUCGAGAGUGGAAAAGUCUUUGCAAGACACGCAAAUAAAAAAUUCCUCGACAGUUCUGACAUCAGUUUCGCGUUAAAAAUAAAAUCCGAAGUGUGCGACGUGAAGGUUGGUCCGAUGAUGACCUCCUCUUUGAAGGAGCUGGCCAGAGUUCACAACAGCGUCCCUCUGAAAUUCGUCAAGCCAAAGGACGGAUUGCGGCUGCCGGCAGAUCAUUACUGCUCCACUGCGGUUAAUUAUAAAUUAAAGCCUGGGCAGCCUUCGCAAACUGUCAACAGAAGUGGGGGUGAAAGUUGGGGAGUCAGUGGAAAAUCCGGGGUUGGAGCUAGACCUGUGCAAACUGUGAGUGCCAGAAGACCGACAAUUCAGAAGAAUCCUUCGCUGAUGACUUUUAAGCCGGUUAUCAAAUUUUCUAGUGCUAGUUCUGUUAAUAGUGAGGUUAAGACUAAGGCGCCAUCUGUUGACAUGGAAGUUGAACGCAGCGCCAAGAGAAAGCGCGGGAUUGAUGAUCAUGAUUAUGAUUUGGGAUAUUUGUUGAAUUAAAUUGAAUUUAAUAAAAUUUAUUGAUAGAUUUUAAUUUUUUAUUUUUAUUGUAAAGAAAAAAUUUUUUUAUAAGUAAUUUUAAAAAGUUAAUAAUUUGAAAUUGAAUUUGUAAAAUAAAAAUUUGAAUAAAAAA